UUCGGGGAAUUGCCUUUCACAAUUAUUAACUGGUUCUGAUGUGAACUGGGCACCUCGCUCUGCUCUAGUAUUUUAAUUCUUGACAAAAUGUCUGUGAGAUAUCUUGGAUUUGUUCUUUUGGUUUGGUUCCCAGGAGGACUGCAUACACAGAGUGCAGAUCAGCAGUGUCCUCCUCCGAUUCUUGCUGGUGGUUAUUUGGUCCCGAAACAAAACACGUAUUCUCAUGAAGCCAACUUCACCUAUGGCUGUAAUAACGGACUUAAACCAGCAGUGGAGGGUUGGUGGGCAAUAAUCACAUGUCAAAAUGGUAAAUGGUCGCCUAAACCACAGUGUAUAGAUGAAAAAGCCUGCUUUCCACCACAUAUACAUAAUGCAAAAUACAAAAAAAACUCAAAAGGUUGGUAUGAAGACAAAAAAACAGUCAGGAUAACAUGUGACAAAGGAUAUGAACACAAAGACCGGGAUGCUACAGCCAUAUGCUCAAAUGGAACAUGGUCCUCUGUGCCGGUCUGUGAGAAAAGUAUUGAGGCAUGUGGUGAGCCCCCUAAAAUCCCCCAUGCAGUCAUCAUCCAUCAGGAAUACCAGGAGUUGUUUGCUGCAGAUUCAGUAGUGCAGUAUGAAUGUGAAGAUGGAUAUACUGUAGAGAGAGGAGGAACCAAAGAAAACAUCACUUGCAUGUCUGGAAACUGGACUGAAGGCCUAACGUGCAGCAGAGGAACCAGACCAGAGAUGGGACAUGGUGGAGACAGAGGAACCAGUUUAGGUACUAGAGAUGGUGGAGGUACAUCUGGCAGCAGGACACCACCUGCAGGUGGAGGAUCAUCUGCCACCUCUGGCUCGAAUGAGAGAGACAGGAGACCUCCAUUCACAGCAGUCGUCCACUGUGGAGCAUACCCAAUCGUACCAAACGGUGAUGUUGUGAAAGAAGAUCCAAUGUUUUUGAAAUACCAAUGCAAUGUCUUUUAUAAACAAGUGGGUUCAGACACCGUGAGGUGUCACAGUGAAGGCAGCUGGUCACAACUACCCAUCUGCCAAGAGGCAGACUGUGUCAUAGAUCUUGCUCAAUAUCUUGCGGACCAUGUUUCACUAUCUGGACUUGUAUAUGUAACUAAAGGAGAAACAAAGUACAUUCCGUGUAUUUGGGAAGGUUACAGCAGUCGUGUUCAGUGCAUCAAUAGAAUACCUGUUUAUACCCGGUGUUGUCAUCAUAGUGACCAUCAACGGGGAUUUUGCUCGUAAAGGACAGCCGACGAAUCGCUGCUCGACUGACAACAAAAGCCAAGUUGGACACUUCUAAAAUUCCUCCACCAGAAAACGAUACCCAAAACAUUAUUGCUUUUUCAUUUGGAUCAAGAAUAUAGACACACAAUGUUGAAACUUAUUUUUAUGACUGGAACUCUUGAUGUAUUAAUAACAUGAUCUGUACUUUUAAAUAAAGUUGAUAUGUCAACAGCAGUCUGAAUAAAAUGUUCACUAUAGAAA